AUGUCAUACAGUAACAACACAAAGCCAGAAUGGAGAGACAACGACUAUGACGACAGCUACAGCAGACAUCAGCCUCCAGGGUCAAGUCCUCAGUCCUCUCCCUUCAACGAUGACCGCCAUCAGGACAGCUACAGCUCCUCGACCAUAGGGUCUUAUCAUCACCAGGACAAGUCCAGCAGCGACUACCGCUCGCCGUCACAGCGCCACCAAGGCUCGGUGUCGCAGGGCCAUGACGACAAUAAUGACCAGUACCCCGUCGGUCGACCCUUGAGCUACUUCCCAACACACCACGAACCUCUCAGUCAGCAAGAGUACGAUGAUGAACAGCAGCGAACAGGCAAUUACCAUCAAAUGGCGCCCCUGCAGAACGCCCCGUCGCCCCUGAGCAGUCGACAAGAUUGGACCUAUCAAGGAGGAGGGUCUCCUCCUUCUGAUAUUCCACUGGUCGGUAUCGACAUUGUCUCAUCCAAUCUGGAGGCGGCUCGCCAAGGCACCCAAUAUUCUGAUACAAGGACGGCAGAGAACAUGAGUCCCCACCACGGAGAUACCAAUUCUGUAUAUAACGCCGCCGGAGGAGUUGGCAAAUCUCAGAACCAACAGUACGAACAGCGCAACAACACCAACUAUGGACAAGGUCAGGAUCAUACUCUGCCAGCCUUACCCCCUAAUCCCAACAGCAACGAGGGACAAGUUGAAGGCCAAUAUCCCGGAGGUGAACCCAUUCCCAAGGUCCUCUUGGACCCUAAAGUACAGCGCCAACUCAAUAACAAAAAGGUCUGGAGGCCGUGGUUCGUCUGGAUCAUUUCCGCAGUUCAGAUCGGUGUGCUCAUCUAUGAAAUCGUCAAGGGCUAUCAAAGGACAAAUCGUAUCAUCGAGACCCAACCUUUCAACCCUAUGAUCGGCCCCGGAACAGGAACCAUUAUUGCCGUCGGAGCACGGUUUGUGCCAUGUAUGAGGAGCACGUACCUGGAUAACCAGCAAAUUCAAUGUCCAGAUAACACCACAUCCAUCUGCACCAUCUCCGACAUCUGUGCAUUCACCCCCAUCUCUUCGACUGGAAAGGCGCCCGAUCAAUGGUUCCGCUUUAUCACGCCAGUGUUCUUGCAUGGCGGUGUUCUUCAUUUACUCUUCAACCUCUUGUUCCAGAUGAGGACGGGCGCCGAUCUGGAGAGAGACAUGGGCUGGUGGCGUUUUGCCAUUAUCUACAUGACUUCGGGAAUCGCUGGCUUUAUUUUCGGUGGCAAUUUCGCACCUAUCUUGUCUCCCUCAAUGGGGGCGUCAGGAGCACUGUUUGGACUCAUUGGAUGCCUCGUUCUUGACCUCAUUCAGAACUGGAAGCUGGUUGUGCGACCAUGCUGGGAGCUAAGCAAGCUAUCGUUGAUGAUUAUUGUGUCGUUCGCGUUUGGUCUGCUUCCGUUCCUGGAUAACUUUGCGCAUAUCGGAGGCUUUAUUGCAGGAAUUCUGACCGGACUAGUUUUUAUGCCUGUGGUGUACUUUUCGAAACGCGAUAAGUAUAUCAAGCUGGGACUGAGGGUCAUUGCCUUGCCCCUGAUUAUCAUGCUGAUCGCGUUGGGCCUGACAAACUUUUACAAGGGUGUCAACAACUGCAGCUGGUGCAAGUACUUGAGGUAA